AUGGGACGCUUUGGUGCGCUGGUCAAGAGAACAGACGACAAGAUCGCCGCAUCGGCAGUUGGCCACUGGUUCCGGCUGGAAGGCUCCGGCGCCAAGCGCAUGCGCAAGGGCUCGCACUUCUCGACCGAGCUGCGCGGCGGACUGGCGACAUUUCCCCUGAUUAUCACUGACUCUGGCGGCCCGUGCGACUGCGACCGCGAGCAGUUUGGCGCAACAUGUCUGCACACGCUCAAGAUGGACCUUAUUACUGCCACCUGCGCCAUCUCGUGCAUUUCGUGUGUGAUGAUGGGCGCCCUGGCCAACUUGCCGAUUGCACUGGCUCCAGGAAUGGGUCUGAUUGCCUACUUUACAUACACUGUCGUUGGAUACCACGGCACCGGCAACAUCAGCUACCAGAACGCCCUGUCGGCUGUGUGCAUUGAGGGCGUCAUCUUCUUUGCCCUGUCGAUACUUGGUAUCCGGCAGUGGUUUGCUCGUAUUAUCCCGGCCAGCCUCAAGACCGCGACGGGCUCGGGAAUCGGAAUCUACCUGGCAUUCAUCGGCCUGCAGUCGUCGGCUGGAAUCGGGCUCAUCACUGCCAGCCACUCGACGCUGGUUGAGCUCGGCGGAUGUCCGGCCGAGUACCGUGACGAGAACAACAUGUGUGUAUCUCAUCACAUGCGCGGUGCCACGACAUGGGUUGGCAUCAUGGGCUUGGUCAUCAUUGCGAUUCUGAUGGCCUACAAGGUCAAGGGCUCGGUGCUGAUCGGCAUUCUGAUCGUGGCCAUCAUCUCGUGGCCGCGCACAAGCAAGGUCACCUAUUUCCCGUACACCGAGGCUGGCGACGAAGCCUUUGCCUUCUUCAAGAAAGUCGUCACGUUCCACCCGAUUGAGAUGAUCCUGGGCAAAUAUGACUUCAAUGCCAGCGGCGGGCAGUUCUGGAUUGCGCUGAUCACAUUCCUGUACGUCGACAUCCUCGACUGCACUGGCACGCUGUUCUCGAUGGCCAAGUUUGGCGGCUAUAUGGACGAGCGCACACAGGACUUUGAGGGCUCGUCCAUCGCGUUCCUGUGCGACUCGGUAUGUGUUGUGCUGAGUUCAGUGUUUGGGCUAGCGCCAGUCAGCUCCUUUGUCGAGUCAGGGGCUGGUAUUGCUGAGGGUGCCAAGACCGGCAUCGCCAGUAUAACGACCGGCUUUUGCUUCUUCAUUGCGCUGUUCUUCGCACCCAUCUUUGCUUCGUUCCCACCUUGGUCGACUGGCCCAGCGCUCAUCCUGGUUGGAUCGAUGAUGAUUCAGAACGUGGUCCAUAUCAACUGGAAGUACGUCGGCGAUGCUGUGCCUGCCUUCUUGACAAUGAUUAUGAUCCCAUUCGGCUACUCGAUCGGUUACGGCCUGAUUGCUGGCAUUGGUACGUACAUUGCAAUUAACGGCGUCAUCUGGAUUGUUGCCAAGGCUACGCGCGAUCGGAUUGUUCCGCCAAACAGGCUCGACAAGGAAAUGUGGUCGGCAUUUAUGGCUGACGGUGGCGCCCUGGGUAUUCUGCCCAAGUGGCUGCGCAAGGUCCUCCAUAUCAAGUAUGCUCCGACACAUGCGAACAGCGAUGCCCAGGAUAUCGAGCUCGAGGAGCAUAUCCAGAGAGUCUCGGUGGAACAGCAGCAUCUGGCCAGGAGCUCGGCUCAGUAUUGUUCUGGCGAUGCUACCCCUGCCUCCAAUGCUGAUUCGCCUGCCAUGACCAUCCACGGCGACUUUAAGGGACAGAAAAAAGACUUUUAG